GCCAGAGCACUGAGAGAUAUCAGGUAUUGAUGUAACUGGAGUGAAUAAGGGAACCUUCUUCCUGAGCACAGACUUUGGAGCCUGUUAUCAGCAUGAACUCAUAUGUGUUAGACAAUCACGUGAAUAAUUCAUAUCCAUCCUUCACUACAGGAAGCAUCAGUUUGAUACCACAGACUCCAAACGUCUUAAACACUAAUGACUAUUCACAAACAUGGGGGAAAUCACAGCAAAUAUUUAAAGGAGAUGGAGAAUUGGCAGGAACUGGGCAGCAAUCAUUAUUAUGUACAGAGAGUAAUUUAGUCAUCAAACAAGCGGACAACAUUGAUGCCUUAUCUAGUGAAAUGAUUAUCCCAGAGGAUAAACCACACACAUUUACGGAGUACUCAAAACAUUUUAAAGAAGGGAAAAAUCUUAAGUCUAGCCAAAUGAUUCAUACAAAUAAGAAACCAUUCAAAUGUACAGAAUGUGAGAAAAGCUUCACAUGUAAUUUGCAUCUCCUUGAACACCACACAGUUCACACAGUUGUGAAACCUCACACGUGUCCAAAAU